AUGACAACCCGUAGAGCAUUUGCCCGCCAGGAGGAGUCUAAACUCCAAUUGGCUUUACAGGAACUAAAAGUAAGUAAGGAUUUGUGUGCUCAACUGCAUAGUGAAAGAGAGGAAAAUGAAAAAGAAUUAUUGACAAUAUUAAAAAGUAAUGACAAGUUAAAAGCUUCAUUGACACGGUUACAUAUAGAUUAUAGUGAUCUUUCAGAGGAGAGAGACAGAUUAAAAUCAAUAGUAGUUAGUUUUGAUGAGUGUGCGGUGGAGUAUGAACAGGCACUGAAGCGGAUCACCACACUGGAGUGCGAGCUGCGAGAUGCACAAAAAUAUAUCUCUGAGCUGGAAGAGAGUGCCCAUCAAGCAACAGCACUGCACACUCAUAGCUUGUUCGAAGAGUUAGUUGAGAACGCUCCAGAGUUGGUUGAUGUUACAAUUGAAAACCCGGUAACUAUAGAUCUUACAAAUGAUACCUUACCAGCACAACGGAAA